GAGAGACGUGGGAUUCGACGUGUGUCCUCCAACCCUGUCCAACAAGCUGCUGGUGGAGUUACGUCUAGGUGGAUGUAUAGAUAGGCCAAAAACAUCAACGAACGACCGGGGGUGAGAAAAAAGGAAAUUCCCUUCUUUCGUUUCCUCUUCACGAACAUCUCGCACUGCGCAGUGUUGUGCGCAUUUUCUGUCGUUCUCACAGUGGCAUUUCUGAGCCAAACCGGAAAGAAACAGCGCAAUCUGAAAACCAAAGAGAAAAGACCGGUCCUUCUCUUAUUUUGAAAGCUCUUUUUCAAUGCGGUGACAAGGGAGGAAAGAAAAUCAAACCUUGAUGCCCCCCCCCCUCUCCAAACGGGAUAUUUGACCGACCUACGGAGUGUUGAUACCGUAAUUUCCCAAUAAUAUUUUUUUGGACCCUCCGAGCAGCCUCGCUCGCUCCGCGUUUUCUAUUGGCCUAUUUUUUUUUUUGUAUUAUUCCUGCGGGUUGAGAAAAUAGCUUUCAUUGCCACUAGAGUGUUACGUAACCGAGUGGCAUUAGCUGUCCAAGGUGCUGAACUGCACGGUCGGAGCCUACACCGGGACGAGCCGAGGGGGGAUUCACAACCUUGCAAGGUCACAGGCCUGCAGCUGAACGGGGAAAAGAGGGACGCACGGGAUUCGAUCGCCGAGCCACCGGGAAGCCGCCGGGUUACGUUCUGAUCAUUUUUUCUUCCUCUUCUUUUCCAAUCGUCCCCGGGUGACAUACGUUCUCGAGGUGGUCGCUUCGACGGGAGAGAAAAUGUCGGGGCAAACGCUCACGGAUCGCAUCGCCGCUGCGCAAUACCAGCUAACGGGAUCGGAUAUGGCCCGGGCUGUCUGCAAAGCCACCACUCACGAAGUGAUGGCGCCCAAGAAAAAGCACCUGGAGUACUUGGUGUCGGCGACCAACACCACCAACGUGAACAUCCCUCAGAUGGCCGACACGCUGUUUGAGCGAGCCACCAAUGCCAGCUGGGUGGUCGUCUUCAAGGCCCUCGUCACCAGUCACCACAUGUGUAUCUACGGAAAUGAGAGGUUCAUUCAGUACUUGGCCUCCAGGACAUCCCUGUUUAACCUGAGCAACUUUAUCGACAAAACCGGCUCUCACGGCUAUGACAUGUCUACAUUCAUCAGACGGUACGGACGAUACCUGAACGAGAAAGCCUUCGCCUACCGCCAGAUGGCUUUUGACUUCACCAGAGUCAAGAAAGGUGCCGAGGGUGUGAUGAGGACCAUGACCACCGAGAAGCUGUUGAAAGGCAUGCCUGUUCUGCAGACGCAGAUUGACACGCUCCUGGAGUUUGAUGUUCAUCCCAAGGAGCUUAACAACGGGAUCAUCAACGCUUCCUUCCUGCUGCUCUUCAAGGACCUGGUCAAACUGUUUGCGUCCUACAACGACGGAGUCAUCAACCUAUUAGAGAAAUACUUCAAGAUGAAGAAGAGUGACUGCAAGGAGGCCCUGGAGAUCUACAAGAGGUUCCUGACCAGGGUGACAAAGAUUGGGGAAUUCGUGAAGCUGGCCGAGACAAUCGGAGUCGAGAAAAACGACAUUCCCGACAUCAACUACGCCCCCAGCAGUAUACUGGAAAGUCUGGAAACACACAUGAACGGUUUGGAAGAUGUAAAGGGUGGAAAGAAGGGGUCUCCAACCAAGGGGUCUCCGACGAACAACGUGUCCCCGACAUCCACUCCAGCCAAAUCUUCAAACGCCGUUCCAGCGCUGCAGCCGCCUCCCGGGGAGAACGCCGCCGCCGCCGCUGCUGCCGCCGCCGAGCCGGCUGAGGAUUCCUUGUUGGACCUGGAUCCUCUGUCCUCCUCGGGUCCCUCGGGACAAUCAGCUGCCCCCACGUCUUGGGGAGACCUUCUUGGUUCAGAAAUGGGCGAUUCCUUGGUAACUGAACCCACCCUCGCGGCAGAGCCCGCCCCCUCCUCUGCAGCAGCCACGCCCACUCUUGCAGCGGCAGAACCCGGAGCCUCUCUAGCUCCUCCCACUAGCGCAGCAGCUGCCUCCUCCCCUGCCGCCGCCAAUACGGAUCUGUUGGGAGAUGCCUUUUCAACACCCGUCCCCUCCGCCGAGGCCUCUGCAGCGGCCGCCGAGGGCGGGGCCGCCGCCGCCGCCGCCACGUCUGCCCCCAACGCCGGAGCUGAGUCCACAGGAGGAGAUGCCACAGCCGCCGCCCCCGCUGCCCCCGGCGCUGAGCUCAUGUCAGUAUUUGAUGGACUAGGGGACGUAAUGAAGCCCACUAUGACCCCUCAGGCGGGGGAUGUUGACACCUCCAUGGCCAACAUGGCAAGUAAUCUCUCCAUGGGAAACCCAGCGGCACCUCAGGUAGCUCCCCCCUGUUGGGGUGCUCCCAUGACCGUACCCAUGGGUGUUCCUCCUUUUAUGGGGACUUACCCCAGCUUCAGCAUGGCCGGAGGUCCCAUGAUGCCGAUGGCGAGGCAAAGCUUCCCUGCCACCGGGGCAACUCCUGGAGCGCCGAUGUCUCCCGGAGCGGCCCAGAGCCCCAGAAAGCCCCCACCGCCGAGGAACGCUCUGGACGACCUCAACAUUAAGGACUUCAUGUAGACAAACUGGCCU